AUGGAGAAGUACCUUAAAGUGUCCGUCGUAGGGCAAGGUACCUACGGAAUCGUAUACAAAGUCAAAUGCAGGAGCACCGGAAAGGAGUUCGCCUUGAAGCGUUACAAUUACGGAGUAGAGGACUCGACCGUGAGAGAGCUCUCCUGUCUCGCAGCACUCAAGGGUCACCCUUAUGUGGUUUCUGUACACGACUGCUUCUUCGACGAAGGAAAGGUAGCCAUGCUCCUGUCCUAUGUACCUUACACCUUGAGUGGAAUCAUUCACAAGGGACACGGUCUGAAAUCGUACCACGAGCCGGGUCGAGUGGAAAGGUCGAUCCCCUUGAGUUUCGUUGCUCGUUUUUCUCGCCAAGUGGCUCACGCUCUGUCUUGCAUGCACGAGAUGAAUAUAGUGCACAGGGACUUGACACCUUUCAACGUGCUACUGACAGAAGAUCUCACGGUCAAGGUGGCAGACAUGGGCCUUUCGAGACAAUGCUCGAAAUGGAUGAGUCCCACUGUAGUCACAGAGGCGUACAGGGCCCCGGAACUGUUUGAUGAGUGUGGGAAAUACCGCUUAGAGUACACUUGCGCUAUAGACAUGUGGAGCCUGGGGGUGAUGAUAGCAGAGGCGAUGGAAGGGGAAGUGAUAUUCCGUCAGCGUCUAGACCGCCGCGAAAAGAGCACGUACCGGAUCAUCGCCGAGACUCUGGGUCCCAAAGACCGCUCCUGCGCAUCGAUUGCAUCCUGGGGCCCUGACACCGUUAUGCCCAAUGCGAUGAAGUGCGAACCCGUGAAAAGGAUCGUUUUGAGACUGCUGGCUUUCUGUGACACUGAAAGACUUCUCGCUCAUGAGCUGCUGAGGGACACAGAGUGGGCGAGUGUUUCUCAUAUGACCGAGGAAGACCUAGUCGUGGUCAGAGACCGGAUUCGGAAAAGUGAAGUGAAAGAGUAG